AUGGCAGGUAACAACGACCAGAAGGAAAAGAAAGGGCACGUCGCCAAGCCCGAGUAUUUUGACGGGAACAAAGACAAGUUCAAAGCCUGGUGGAGACAGGUACUCGGGUACCUGAGGAAUAACAAGAAGGAUUUUGACACGGACGAUGAAAAAAUCGACUUUGUCAUCUCCUAUCUCCGAGGACCGAAAGCAGAAAACUGGUCCCAGAAUUAUUACGACCAGUUUUUCAAAGAUGACACGGAGAACUGGGACAAGACGUGGGCGGCAUUCAAAACAGAUAUCACCACCGUGUUUCAGGACUCGAAUCUUGCUGCGCAAGCGCAGAUCAAGAUUGAUCAUUUACGUCAAGGACAGAGGCCGGUGGAGGAAUAUUUCCAGGAAUUGGAAAUAUUAAUGACCCAAGCAGGAUACAGAAAGGAGGAUCAGUAUAUCCUAAAAACCGUACGUACCAGCGUCAAUGACGCACUCGUCGACAAAGUCUAUGGACAAGUCACAGUGCCGACGACGUAUGACGGAUGGAAGGAUGUGCUAAUCAAACUUGACAACGCUUGGCGAGAACGCCAGCAGGAGAAGGCUAUGCGGGGCCUAAGAACAACACCGCCAAAGAGAGAAGGAGUGCCGACUACAAAUCAAACGCAGCCCGCACCACGAGCACAACCGACGCAGAAACGCGACGGGACGGGAACGACAUAUCUGGGAACAGGACAACCCAUGGAUGUAGACCGGGCGUGUCUCAAGUGCAAGGCCAAACAGUCGGAGAAGGGAACAUGUGGAAGCACGUGGCACGUACCCAACAGGACGGGGAAAACCACGAGCCAAGUCAGACAGGUGGAUUGGACAAAACCAACGUCUGAUUUCAUCUCGGCGAUCAAAGAGUGGUCGCGGAAGGAUCCUGAAGGGUUCAAAGCAGCGGGUUUUGGCUUCGGCACAGCUUGA